UGUGCGUCUUUGAUGUUUCCUUUUUAUACAAUAUGAUGAUGAUGCAGCACCAUUUUUUCGUAUCGAAAAAGGAAAUUAAAUUCAAAUAUGGUUUCUUGAUAUUAAAAAGCAUAUAGUAUUGAGAAUUUUAAUUGUUUAAAAACUGCUGCAGCCCCCCACAUAUCCAGUUGUUGUGGCAACUAGCCCCGGUUUAUACGCCUGUGCAGGGUGAGAAACCUUCCAGCAGUUAGUCUAUAUUUAGUGAGUGUUGAGGUGCGGGGUCUAUAGGCCCAUCGAUCGAUCGCCACUCUCCUUUGCACGAUACUUAUUUUUCCAGUAUACUAAUCGAACUUUCCAUCAAAUCUAAGUAUAGAACGCCAUGAGAAAUUACAAAAGGAAAACUGACAAAGGACAGACGUCACCCGAAGUAAUGCUGCGAGCCAUUAAGGAAGUCAAGUUCAAUAAGAAAUCAAUUCGAAGUAUUGCAAGAAAAUAUCAAGUUUCCCACCGUACUCUGUCGCGUUAUUGUUUGAAAUUUACAAAAGAACAAUUAACCGAGGAUUCAGUAACUUCUUUCAAAAUGGGAUACUCCAAAAAACAGGUAUUUUCGGAUGAAAUGGAACUAAUAUUUGUAGAUUAUUUAAAAUCAGCUUCAGAUAUCUUCCAUGGAAUCUCAAUAAAAAAGAUUAGAAGGUUGGCGAAUGAAUAUGCAGUGUACAUCAAAGCCGUGCGUCCAGAAUCUUGGAAAACGUCAGAAAUUGCUGGUCCUGAUUGGUGGGGAACAUUCACCAAGAGGCACCCUGGUUUAAUAGCAGUCCUCAAUAGAGACGCUCGCAAUGAAGUAAAAUGUACCCGCUACUAUGACAAUUUGAAUAAACAUAUUGAAGACAACAAGCUAAAACCAGGAAAGAUUUGGACUUUGGACGAAACUGGUAUACCUUCGAAACAAGGCAAUGAUGAUCAAAAAUUACAGCUAGUUACAAUGGCCCUGGCUGUUUCCGCACUUGGAGAGUUUACCAAGCCUUGUUUAUUUGUACCAAACGAACACAUCCUGGAGUUGUAUGUCAACAAUGGUCCAAGUGAUUGUAUAGUACAUGUUAACCCCAAUGGUUGGAUGGAGGAACAACAUUUUUAUGAAUUUCUAAAGCGGUUGGUGAAGAAAACAGAAUGCUCACCAAAUAGCAAGGUUUUGCUGCUAAUUGAAAAUCACGAGUACUACAUAUCACUUAGAAUGCUGGAGUUCAUCAAAAGUAACGGUAUAAUUCUGUUAACGUUUCCUUCAUUUAACAAUUUUCAACCGCUUGAUCGGAUUAUUUUUGGACCGUUUCUCAAAAAAUUUAAUUCCUUGCAUUGCCUCUUGGCUGAAAGUAAAAAUAAGGAUGUCGAAGGAUGUGAUCUAGCUUGUAUUGUAAAAGAUGCCCUAGAAUCAACGCUAAUACCAGAGAAUAUAAUUGCCGGAUUCAAAGAAUGUGGAAUACGUUCUUUUGACUCAUUAAACACACAUUAAAUAGAAGAUUAUCAUAAAUAUUUGUAAAUAUAUUAUUAUACUAGUGUUAUAAUAAAUAAUUUGUUACAAUUUAA